AUGGAUCGAGUGGCUGAAUUUAAUCUUUUGCAAGUCGAGGCACUUUCAAACCUCGAGCCUCACACAAAAGACCUUUCGCAGUGUUUUAAUGACCUCGCCUCUUCAGUUGUUGAUGACAAAGAAGGGGAGAAAUACCUGCUUGCGGAACCUGAAGCUAAAGUCGUUGUUGCCGCUAAAGCUGAAGUUUCCCCUCAAACCGUGAUCCCUCAAUCUGAGGAUGUCAUCACAUUCGAUGAAGCUGAAGCUGAUGUUGAAGCUCAGGAUGAUGAUGGUGCCGUUAUAGCACCUAAUAUUGACGAAGACCUUCCUAUCACCUUUGCAGUAAAUGUUAGUGAUGAUGAAGACGAAGAUGAUGAAGAUACUCCUCUACCUCAUGACGGAUGCGACCUUGGAGAUGAUGAUGAUAAAGACAAAGACGAUAAUGACAACUUCAUUAUACAUAUCACACAAGACCAGCACUAG